AUGGAAACCAAACCCGAUCUCGAGUCCCAAAAACCAACCCCACAGGUCGAUUCUCCCCACGACACGGAAUCAGAAGAUGACCUGGCCCUGAAACCCCAGCCGUCAAACGCCUACGGCAUCCCAACAUGGCGCAAAUGCCUCAUCCUCUUUGUCGUCAGCUGGAUGACCCUCGCUGUCACAUUCUCUAGUACUUCAUUAUUGCCCGCAACCCCGGAGAUCGCUACCGAGUUUUCUACUACAUCGGAGAUUCUCAAUGUCACCAACGCAGGUGUGCUAAUUGCUAUGGGCUUUUCGUCUUUUAUUUGGGGUCCUAUCACGAAUCUAUUCGGGCGUCGCAAUGCCUAUAAUGCAGCUAUCCUUGUGCUUUGUGCAUGCUCGGCCGGUACCGCCGUGGCGAUCAAUUUGCAUAUGUUUAUCGCAAUGCGCAUUUUGGGAGGUUUUACGGGUACUUUCUUCAUGGUUGCUGGGCAGACUAUCCUUGCGGAUAUCUUUGAACCGACUGUGCGUGGAACAGCUGUUGGCUGCUUUAUGGUUGGAUCUGUCAGCGGGCCUGCAAUUGGACCCUGCAUCGGCGGUAUCAUCGUCACAUUUGCUCAAUGGCGCAUUAUAUACUGGUUGCAAUUCGCAAUGACGUUACUCGGCCUCGUCUUGUCUCUUCUUUUUGUCCCAAGUAUCCAAGAAAAGAACCGGGACUCCGACAAACCCUUGGAGCUUUGCAUUGUCAUAAGCAUGUUCAAUCCCAUGCGCAUCUUUCGUCGAUUUGUGUAUCCCAAUGUCUUUCUUGCAUGCCUCACAUGUGGCCUUCUUUCUACAUUCCAAUACGCACUUCUCACCUCAGCCCGCUCGAUUUUCAACCCACGUUUCAACCUAACGUCUCCCCUCGUCAGCGGCCUAUUCUACCUCUCCCCAGGAAUAGGUUUUUUGAUCGGCAGCGUCGUUGGCGGCAAGCUGUCCGACCGCGCCGUCAAGAAAUGGAUUGUUAAACGAAACGGUGUGCGUCUGCCUCAGGACCGACUGAACAGUGGUCUUGCCACCCUAUUUGGGGUCCUCCCAGGUGCGACCUUAAUAUAUUGCUGGACCUUAGAGGAAGAAGUGGGUGGCAUGGUUGUGCCAAUUAUCGCCGCUUUCUUUGCGGGCGUAGGACUUCUGGGUGCUUUUAAUGGGCUGAAUACUUAUUCUGCUGAGGUUAUGCCGCAAGCUCGUUCAGAGGUAAUCAGCGCAAAGUACAUGGUGCAAUAUAUCUUUGCUGCCGCAGCGACGGCGGCUGUUGAGCCGGUAAUCGGUGCUAUCGGGGUAGGAUGGACAUUUACAAUCUGUGUCUUCUUCGCUAUAGCAAGUGGCUUCAUUGUGCUUACUAUCACGAAAUGGGGCAUUGACAUGCAGCGAUGCUAUCUGGAGCAGAUCCUUGCAGAGAAUCAGCGACUCAAGGAACGGUCGAUCACCUCGGCUCAGGUUGCCGAGACCAACGAUCACUCGCAGAGAGCGCCUUCCAAGACAGCAGAUGCCCCUGAUGGAACAGGGAUUCAGAAUCCAUUGAUUGGAGAUCGAGCCUGGUUCCACCGGUAUGAUCCAUCCUCGCCACCCAUCUACAUCGGCGAGGCAGCAUGUUCAGCAUUCGCAACACGGUUUCGGCGUUUCUUGUCGGGAAAUAGCGCGAUGCCACAUAUUCCUCGAACACAGUAUGAGCGCGAAGAGACAAUUGCCACAGCGAACGAAGCCGAUAUCCAGUGGCCGAGCCUUCACCAUGCUCGGUUGUUGGUCCGGAUAGCAAUCCAUCAAAUCGGACAUCUGUACCACCUCAUGAUGCGCAAGUCGACGCUAGACAAACUGGAAGAGAUCUACCAGACACAAGACUUUGAUUGCACGGCUAACAAGUGUAAAUUCUUCGCCCUGUUCGCCUUCGGCCAGGCGUAUUCAAUCCGAUCUGAGCCCAAUUCUGGCUCCAGAGUACCUGGCACAUCAUACUUUGCUCGAUCAAUGAGUCUGGUCCAGAUCCUGCCGGAAGAGAACCAGUGUUACACACUUGGAAACACUGUUAUUGUUGGUAUGUGGCUCAGCAUGUCCUAUUGUUCGACAUCAGAGUACUUACCACAUCCCAAGUCUCUUUUUUCAUACUAUCUCAACCGGCGCCAUUCGGCGUACAUUCUCAUUGGAAACGCUAUGCGGAUGGGUUUGACGAUCGGCCUGAACCACAACAUCCCAGAAUCACAGCUAAUCGACCCAGUGGAGCGCCAACACCGCAUCCAAAUAUGGUGGACAAUCUACAUCUUCGACCGGAUGUGGGGAUCCAAAAUGGGUCUCCCAAUGCAAAUCCUCGAUGAAGAUAUCCACGUCGACAUGCCCUCAACCAUCUCCCCACGCUGGCGUCACGAAGAAGAACUCUCCGACUCAGAAUACAUGACCGCCAACAUCAAGCUGGCACGCAUAGUCGGCGAGACAAUCACCCGUUUAUACAGCCGUCGAAAGUACCAAGAGACCUUCCUCCAGCGCGUGCAGAAACUCCUCAAAGCCCUGAAAAACUGGGUAGAAACACUCCCCGAAUCCCUCAGACUGAACAUGGAGGACCUGGAGUCGAGCAAGAAACCCGUCGUCUCCCUCCACAUGGCCUUCAACCAAUGCGUGAUCCUAACUACGCGCCCAACGCUACUGCACCUCCUGAUGACACUAAGUAAAAAAAGUAAACCCUACCCCGAUACCAAUAAUACCAGUGGGGCCGAGACCGAAAGGGAGGGCGAAGGCGUAUCUGUUUCCCAACCCGUCCUUACCCUAAGCGAAGCAUGUAUCCAUGCAGCGCGACAUUCCCACUCCAUGAUCCUAACAAGGUGGAUCAACGGGUCCAUGCCAACCUUUGGAUAUUUCCACGCCCACUACCUCUUCUCCUCGGCGUUGAUAUUGGCAAUGUCUAGCUUUGUCCCGAUCGGCAGUCCAACUGAUAUGACAGGGUUCGACUCCGCGCUGGAUCUGCUGCGCUCCAUGACCGAGAAUGGCAAUUUGGCUGCGGCGGAAUUCUACCAUAAUCUCGAGCAGGUGAAGGUUUGUCUGGCUGCGUAUCGGGGACUGAGGCGGGGUGAGCGGAAUACCGAUGCGACUGCUGGAGGAGAGGCUUCUACAAGUAAUACCAAUGCUAGUGCUAGUGGCAACCCUCCCCCUGGCGCUGGUGUACCGGCUUUGUCCGGACCUUCAUCGCAUUUACCAGCUACUACUCCUUUCAUGAACAUGGCGCCACUGAACCAAUCGACGUCUAUACCUGCAAUACCCGCCACACAUCAUGUCCUUGCUUCUGCCACCACUCAACCUGUCCACAGCCAUGGAAUCGAUGCAUAUGUCUAUCCCUUGAGGGAUACUGUUAGUGGGUACACGACUGAAAUGGCGUUUCUAGAGCCGACUAUGCAGGAUUUCCUGGCGCAGUCAGAUAUCGACCUUGGGCUGUUGCAUCCUGUCGAUGCGUUCUUCAACGAGGCGGAGAAUCUAUAUACAUGUCAUGAAUUUUGA